UUCCAGUCUUUUCCAAACUUGACAAAGCCCGUUUCUCUAGGCUUGUCUCACCUGUGAAGAUUUUUUUAAGCCUCGCCCCGUUUUCCCUUGACGCUGACCAAUCAGCAGCAGCGCGUGCGCCGCAGCUGGAGGAUAUCAGGGAAGGUUAGAUCUCCUCAGAAGAAAACUGCGUAGGAAAAACAAGAAGGAGAGGCAGAAACGAAUCGUUUGAUUCUGUGUUUUGACUCAUGGCAAAGCGAAUAGGACGGAAGCGGGCCCAGCUGCCAGACUGCUACUAUGAGGGUUACCUGGAGAAGACGUGGGGGAAAGACCUGACCCCUCAGAAAUUCUGGGCCUGCCUAUGUGGAAACUCCCUGUUUUUCUUCAAUGAGAAAAGAGACAUUGACUACGUAGAUAAACUGGUUCUCACUGAACUGAUCUCCGUGGCAGAUGAUGGAACCCCCGUUAGUAACACACAUUCAACCAGAUUCGUGGUUCACAUGAAAAGUGGAAGCUACAGAUUCACUGCCUCUAAUUCAGAAGCUCGAGAGCUUUGGAAGGGGUUCAUCCACUCUGUGGCUGAGCUGUCAGUCCCAUCCUCCCUCAUCCUGCUGCCAGGUCAGAUCCACAUGCUGGAAUGCACAAUCCAGAAGGAGGUGGAAAGGCUGGCCAGCCUCACCUCCACUGAUGUGACUGACCACGCCCCAUCUCCCACCUCCUCCCAGUCUGACAUGCCUGCUUGCUUUUAUGAGGUGCCCCGGCUGGAGGCGGAGCUUCUGCUGGAGAGAGAAGCCAACCGAGGAAAUUUGCUGCUCAGGCCCGGCAGAAUUGAGAAAUCCUUCGCCAUCACCACCAGGCUGGAUUUAGGAGGAUCUGUGUUCAAGCACUACCGUGUGUACAGCAGCCCUGCAGGAUUCUACAUUGACGUGGACACGCCUGUUUAUGCAGACACGCUGCAGGAGUUGGUCAACAUCUUGGUGGAAAGAACAGAAGGACAUCUGACUCCCCUCAUAGUCGAGGGGCAAUACGACAAAAAUAUUUCCUUUAUUUCAUCUGAUAAUGAAAACGGAGAAAGAACCCAGCAGAGCUUACAAACCUUUGCCCUAACACCUUUGACUCGCAGACAAGAUGAGAAAACAAGGGCUCUAGAAGCAGAACCAGACCCCGUCAGAGAGGAGCAUCCAUCAUUUGCCGAUAAGAAGGUGGGGCGAGAGCAUGCGAUCAGAGAUUCUUCAGCUGCUUCACUCUCACUGACGGGCCAUAAGAAAGCACCAUGUCCUGCUCCACGAAGAAGUCUCCCAUCGCAGACCCCCACCAACAACCCUGGAAAUCCAAGGCGGCCAUCCAACGUGGAGGCACAGAUGAAAUUUCCUCUGCCAGCAAUAUCGGAGCUGAAACUGAAGCUUGGACAGAAGUUAAAGAUCGAUCUGACCUGAAGCACUCAGAGGGGCCGGCCGGCAGCAGAUGGAGUUACCAUCCGAGCCCAGAUCACCGGGUUCCUCUUUGAUUAGCUGCCUGAAGCUAAACCUCUCUGAAGAUUGAUGUUUUAUCGAUUCGCCCGUCUUGAACAUUAGCAGAUGAACGUUGUUGUAAAAACGAGUGUUGAUGUCCCAUUACCUCCCGGAUCCUCUUGUUUGUUUUGCACAUCAGCUAUCAUCAAAUUCUCAUUAGAUUCUAGCUUUUAGUACCAGUGGUUUCCUUUAACCAGCUUCCAAGUGUAAUUUUAGUUUGAACCUGCCUUACAAGUAUGUGAAAUGUAAAUAGUACCAUAGUACUGCGUCUGUGUUUAAGGACGGAAUGUAAACUCUGUUGAGCUCGUUUUGACCUCGUGAAUGGACCAUUUAAGUAUUUAGGAACCAUGAAGCUCUGGAUUUUGUCACUUUAAGAGAUUCGACAAAGCAUCUUCUAGUAUGUGCUAUGCAGACAUAUAAGUAGUAAAUAUUCUUUACUGUAUACUUUAAUUUUACACUUUAUUUAUAAUUUUUUUUACUUUAGAAAUAAGACUCUUAGAAUGAAGUAUCUUCACUCCUUUUAUUACCUCAUUUACUGAUACAUUAAAGUGGAAAAACUUAAACUA